AUGGCUCGGUUGGCGAUGGAGUGCUUGCAAAGGGCAAAUUCAAGGCCAAUGGUGGGGAUAUAUUGCGAACUAAAGGGCCGGAUGAGAGACGUUUUGCCAACCCCUGCCGGACCCCAGAGGAUCACUGACAAUGUUAGUACGGGGUACCAGGUGCAGUGGGGGCUCAUACUUUUGCAAAGGAUCUAG